UGCAGCCCAACGUAAAUAAAUUCCAAGGCCUUCCUCGCGUCGCGUCGCCACCAUUUCAACCUCCCUCCAUCCAUCCCGGCGCCUGCAUUCGCCGCCAUGCCAACCGUCAGCGUCGGCAGAGAUCGCCUCUUUCAAGCCCUAGGCCGCACCUACACUCAAGAAGAGUUUGAAGAUUUGUGCUUUAAGUUCGGCAUUGAACUCGAUGAUGUGACCACCGAAAAGGCGAUUAUUCGGAAAGAGAAGCACUUGGAAGAAGAGACAGAGUCGUCUAAUGACGACGAAGUUAUAUACAAAAUUGAUGUCCCUGCAAAUCGAUAUGAUCUACUUUGUCUGGAGGGAUUGGCACAAGCCCUUCGUAUCUUUAAUGGGGUCGAUCCAAUUCCUACCUAUCAUUUGGCAAGCAUAAAAAAGGAAUCUAUGUGCAAAAUGCACGUGCAACCGGAGACAUCAAGGAUUCGUAAAUAUAUUGUGUGUGCCGUAUUGAGAGGUGUUACUUUUGAUGAGGCUCGGUACAAUAGCUUCAUUGAUCUGCAAGAUCGACUCCAUCAAAAUAUCUGCCGACGAAGAACUCUGGUUGCUAUAGGAACACAUGACUUGGACAAAAUUGAUGGGCCUUUCACAUAUGAGGCAUUGCCACCAACAGAAAUAAACUUUGUUCCACUGAAACAGGUGAAAAACUUCAGAGCAGAUGAGUUAAUGGAGUAUUACAAGUCUGAUUUGAAAUUGAAGAAAUUCUUGCAUAUUAUUGAGGAAUCACCAGUCUUCCCUGUCAUAUAUGAUCAUAACAGAACCGUUUUGUCAUUGCCUCCAAUUAUUAAUGGUUCACAGUCAGCGAUUAGUUUGAAGACCAAGAAUGUUUUUAUUGAAUGCACUGCAACUGAUUUGACGAAAGCCAAUAUUGUUUUGAACACAAUGGUAACCAUGUUUUCAGUCUAUUGUGAGAACAAGUUUGAGGUUGAACCAGUUGAAGUAAUAUACUCUAAUGGAACAUCAUAUGUUUGCCCUGAUUUGGCGCUUUACCAAAUGGAGGUCCCCUUAUCUUACAUUUCCAGUGUAGUUGGUGUUCCUCUUCCAGCUGAUGAGGUUUCUCACUUGUUGAAUAAAAUGCAAUUACAUGCUAAGCACUCGAUAUUGGACUGCAAAGAGACGAUCUUCACAAUAUCUGUUCCUCCCACAAGAAGUGACAUUCUUCAUCCUUGUGAUGUUGCAGAGGAUGUGGCAAUUGCUUAUGGUUAUAAUGAAAUUCCAAAGAUCAAAUUUCCAUCGCUGAAACCACAGUCAUUGAAUGAGUUCAAAGAUCUUAUUCGAGCUGAGAUUGCCAUGAUUGGUUAUGCGGAGGUGUUAACCUGGAUACUCUGCUCCUACAAAGAAAAUUUCACAAUGCUUAACCGCAAAGAUGAUAAAUCAACAGGAGCAAUUAUUGGAAACCCUCGUUCAGCUGAUUUUGAGGCUGUGCGCACUAGUCUUAUGCCUGGCAUACUGAAAACUGUUGGACACAAUAAGGACCAUCCAAAACCCAUAAAAAUUUUUGAAGUAGGUGAUGUGGUGCUAUUAGAUGAGGCAAAGGAUGUUGGUGCGUCAAACCGUCUUCAUCUUGCAGCUUUAUACUGUGGAGCUACCUCUGGAUUUGAGUUGAUACACGGUCUUGUGGAUAGAGUCAUGGAGAUGAUUGGAACACCAUUUGUAUCCCCUGGGGAUAAGACGGGCUACUAUAUUCAGAGUUCAGAUGACCCCGAGUUUCUUCCUGGCAGACAAGCAAGCAUCAUUAACAAAGGAAAGCAAAUUGGAACAUUCGGGAUUGUGCAUCCGCAGGUGUUGGAAAACUUUGAUAUUCCAGACCCAUGCUCCUUUGUGGAGAUGGACGUCGAGAGCUUCCUCUAGAAGGUGCAUCCUUGACCUUGAAGAAUGGAAGGGUGUGGUUUGAUUCUUCAUUUUUGGAUGCCUCUUGUUCUUCUAUUCUUGCCAUAAUUUAGUUGAGAUCAAGCAAACACUAUUAUUUAUCGGUUGACUUCUGGUUGGUUGCAUUACAUUUUUGUAUAAUUUGAGAUGAUGGUGAAAUUGAAUCUGUUCAGAGAUUAUUAUUAUCAUACUGUUAUUAUUAUA